UGAAAGUGUGGAUUCCAGCGUUGCAGCUCCUGCCGGCAGCAAUCCUGCAAUCCGAGGAUGUAAUUUAUAGAUUCUUGGUGAUAAAUGCUAGGCAGCAUUCUAUUAGAUCGCAUCACUUCCGCGAUUUUUAGUUCCAUAGCUUCAUAGGGCAGCUAUGGAGCUUGUCGAUUGCCACAAGCAUUUUCUGGGCAGGCGCGUGGAGCAAGGGGUCCCCGCCCGCCAGUGCCUGAGGAGGAUCAAUCACAGGAAUUCCUGCUCAUCAAGCCAGAGGUGUGAGGCCGUGAAGCUUCCCGUCCAAGAGCUUCCAAGCCUCAAGAUGGAAGAGGAUGCUCCUUCGGGUAGCCGAGCCCCAGCCCUCUCCUCCUACGAUGUUCCAAGCGAGGUCCUCAAGGAGGCGGCUUUCGGGAACUUCGAUCGCCUCCUCGACUGUGGCAAUGGGACUUUACGUCCCAACGUGUUCGUCAAAGCUCUCAAGAACUUACAGGAUGGAAGCGUGGCUUUGGAUCUCUUCGAGUGGGCCGAGAGGAAUGGUCACAGACCGAGCCUCAACGCUUACAACUUGCUGCUCGAGCUGCUUCUCUCCAACCGGAUGUACGACGUCAUGCACACCGUGUAUGACAAGCUGGUGAGGAUCUACUCGCCGGACGCUUACACCGUGGGGAUCUUGCUACGAUCCUUGCUAAAGUCCGGGAAGAUCGAGAAGGCUCACAGGUUUGUUGAGCAGCUCCUCGUCAAGGGACUGUGCGAUAUCAGCACUUUCAACAUCUAUAUCAGCGGGCUUUGCCGAGCAAGCCGGAUAGGUGACGCACAGACGGUCUUCGAUGGGAUGAGGAAGCACGGGUUCUGGCCAAACAGGAUAACUUACAAUGCUCUUCUCAGCGGCCUCUGCAAUGGUGGAAGGAUGAGCGAUGCCCAGGCGCUAUACGAGAGGAUGAUCAAGGCCGGAUACUCGCCAGACGUUGUAACUUACAACACUCUCCUCCAUGGAUUCUGCAAGGUCGGCAAGCUUGACGAGGCGCUUAAGAUAUUUGACGGGGCCGUGAAGCGGGGGUUUGUUCCCGACGUGGUGACUUACAACGCGCUCAUAAAUGGCUUCUGCAAGGCGGACAAGCUGGACGAGGCGCAGAGGAUCCUCCAGAGGAUGGUGUCCGAGAGUUUGGUUCCGGACGUGGUGACUUACAACUCUCUGGUGAACGGGCUUUGCAAGAACGGCCGGGUUGACGAGGCUCGGAUGCUGAUUGUCGACAAGGGAUUCUCUCCGAACGUGAUCACCUACAGCACUUUGAUCAGCGGGCUGUGCCGGGAGCUCAGGGUUGACGAGGCCAUGAAGUGUUUCCACGAGAUGAUCCAGCUCGGGCUGAGGCCUCACACGAUCAUUUACAACUCUUUGAUCGACGGCCUUGGCAAGGCCAAGCGUUUGGAGAGUGCCAGGCAGCUGCUCGAGAAGAUGGUAUUGAACGGCUGCAAGCCGGAUAUCGUCUCCUACAACGCUCUCAUCCAUGGCCUGGCAAGAGAACAGGGCGUCUCGGAAGCACUCAAGCUCUUCGGCAGUGUGCUGAGGCAAGGCUACGAGCCUGAGGUGCCGACGUACAACAUCCUCAUCGAUGGCCUGCUCAAAGAAGAUAGAGUGAACGAAGCCUUCGAGCUCUUCUCCGGCUUGGUAAAGCACGGCCUGGAGCCGGAUGCGAUCACUUACACGGUGUUUAUCGACGGGCUGUGCAAGGCAGGCAGAGUCGAGGACGCUCUCCUCAUGCUCAAAGACAUGGACGAGAAAGGCUGCGUUCCUGACGUUGUCUCCCACAACGCUGUUAUCAACGGCCUGUGCAAGGAGAAGAGAGUGGACGAGGCCGAGGUUCUACUCUCUGGCAUGGAAGCGAAGGGAUGCUCGCCGAACGCUAUCUCUUUCAACACCCUCAUUUGCGGCCAAUGCAGGGCGGGGAAGUGGAAGAAGGCCAUGACCACUUUCAAGGAGAUGCUCAAGAGAGGUGUCAAGCCAACAGUCGUGACUUACAACAUCCUCGUCGACGGCCUUUGCAAAGCCAGGCAAGUUGACGAGGCCCGAGAGCUGCUGAGCACUAGUGGAUUCCUGGCGGACGUCGUCUCGUGCACCUCGCUCAUCAACGGCUUCUGCAAGGAAGGCAGGAUCAAAGAGGCCAUCACUCUCUUCGACGCAAUGAUUGAGAAGGGCCGAGUUCCGGACGUGGUGACUUACAGCGCUCUCAUAGACGGGCUGGGAAAGGCAGGCAAGCUCGACGAUGCUCGCAGGCUCCUCGGCGCUAUGGAGGCCAAAGGCUGCAUUCCAAACGUCUACACGUACAACUCCCUCAUCUCGGGUCUCUGCGGCCUGGACAAAGUGGACGAAGCUCUGGAGCUGUUCGUGGCUAUGGUGGAGAAAGGCUGUGUUCCGGACACCAUCACGUAUGGGACCAUCAUCUCGGCACUUUGCAAGCAGGAAAUGGUGGACAAAGCUCUCGCUCUUUUCGAUGGCUCGCUGGAAGCGGGGGUGGUGCCGACUUCCGGGAUGUACUUCUCGCUUAUCGAUGGCCUCUGCGCGGUGGCGAGAGUGGACGAAGCUCUCAAGCUUCUACAGGCCAUUCCCGAGCAUCACAGGCCAGGCUCCGAGGCCUACAACAGCAUCCUCAGCGCGCUAACCAGUGACGGCAAGCUCGCGGAGGCUCAAAGCCUGCUCGAGACGAUGCACGAGCGGGACUUGGUUCCGAAUGGAUUCUUCUACAACGCGCUCAUGGUGGCGCUGUGCAAGCAGCCGGGUGGGAGUAGCAGCGUCGUGAAGAUCCACAGGAAGAUGGUGAAGAAGCGAUCGGUGCCGGAGCAGGGGCUGGUUCGGUGCUUGUGCAUGGAGAGCCUCGCGGACGAGGCCGACGAGAUCUUCCAAGGAAUGCUCGCGGACAAGUGCCUUCCAGACGCCUUGACGGUGAACACGCUGGUGAAGAGCUUGUGCGAGCACGGCAAGGUGGAGAGGGGCCUCGAGGUUUUGUCGCAGCAAAGCGGCAGCAGGGAGAAGCGCGAGAUGGUGGCUGGGUUUGAGGCUGUUCUUGCGGAGCUUUGCAAGGAGAGCGGCAAGCUGGAUCGAGCGAUGGAGGUGCUGGAGGAGAUCAAGGGAGUGUCGAGCUUGGCGAGUUACAAGAUCGUUUUGGAGUGCUGCGCCAGGGAUGGGAGAGUGGAGGAGAUGGAGAGGCUGAUCCGGGAGAUUAGAGAGAGUGACCUUGCUCAAGAUGGAGAACUGGAAGAGUAUCGAAUCACACUCGACAGUUAAAUGUAAGCGGACGUUGUAAUAUAGAGCAAACUGUUUUCGCGAAAACCAUCGCUAAUUAAAUACAUGAGAUGAUCAGAUUAA